AUGUCGCAAUUCCAAGACCUCUUCACCGCAGCCGCACAGCCUCUGCCCCCCAUCGCCUCCCCCAACUUCGGCGCCCAGUUCGACUCCUUUGGCGACUACCAGGUCGUCCUGCUCGGCGACGGCACGCACGGCACCUCCGAGUUCUACGCCGCCCGCGCCGAGAUCACCAAACACCUCGUCACCCACCACGGCUUCAACAUCGUCGCCGUGGAAGCCGACUACCCCGACGCCGAGUCCAUCGACCGCUACGUGCGCCAGCGUCCGGGCCCCCAGGCGCGCAUCCGCCCCGACAGCCCCGACGACAACGACCAGCAGCAGCCCUUCAAACGGUUUCCCACCUGGAUGUGGCGCAACCGCGAGACCCAAAGCCUGGUCGAAUGGAUGCGCGACCGCAACGCCACCCUCUCCGACCCCGACCAAAAAGUCGGCUUCUACGGCCUCGAUCUGUACAGCAUGGGCGCCUCCAUCAAGGCCGUCACCGACUACCUCGACCGCGUCGACCCGCCCGCCGGCAAGAAGGCCCGCCAGCGCUACGGCUGCCUGCAGCCGUGGGUCGAGGAUCCCACCGCCUACGGACUGGCCGCGCUGCGUGGCAUGGCCGACUGCGAGAAAGGCGUGGUGCAGAUGCUGCGGGACCUGCUGGCCCGCCGGCUGGAGUACGCGGAGACCGAUGUCCACGACGGCGAGGAGUCCCACAGCAGCCAGCAGAACGCCUAUUUGGUGCGCGACGCCGAGCGCUACUACAAGGCCAUGUAUUACAGCUCCGCCUCCUCGUGGACCCUGCGCGACACCCAUAUGGUCGACACGCUGCGUCGCGUCCUGAAAAGCCGUCCCGUCGGCAGCAAGGCCCUCGUCUGGGCCCACAACUCCCACUGCGGCGAUGCGCGCUUCACCAGUAUGGGCACGCGCCGCAAGGAAGUCAACAUCGGCCAGCUGUGUCGCGAGCGUUUCGGCCGCGACAACGUCGCCAUUCUGGGCUGCGGCACCCACACCGGCACCGUCGCCGCCGCCCACGAGUGGGACGAGGAUAUGGAGGUUAUGGCCGUGCGGCCCUCCCGCCCGGACAGCUGGGAGUGGGUGGCCCACAACACGGGGGUCCCGCGCUUCGUGUGGGAUUUCAGGGAGGAUCGCAUCGCCCCGGACUUCAAAGCCGCCCUGGCCGAAGAGAGCCAGCGGCUCGAGCGGUUCAUCGGCGUCAUCUAUCGGCCGGACACGGAGCGCAUGUCGCAUUACUCGCAGGCGGAUCUGCAGCAGCAGUUCGACGCGUAUGUCUGGUUCGAUGAGACGGAGGCGGUGAAACCAUUGGAGACGGUGCAGCCCAAGACGGUCAUGGGCAUGGAGGAAACAUAUCCGUUUGGAUUGUAGUUGCUG